AUGGAGGAACCAAGGCAGCAGCCGUACUCGCCAUCAGAAAUGCCACCGGCUAAACCAGCAUCAAGGGCCACCAUCAAGACCUUCUUGGGUGUGAUCACUAUCUUCGUUAUUGCUCAAAUGGUGGUCACUAUCCUCUAUAUUUUGCACCUUCACCUCAAGGUAGACAAGAACUGGGGUAAUCCAAAGCGAGGUGCAAGCAUUCACCUGGCAGGCAAGAGCAGCCAGAGCAAAGUUCUACACUGGAAGAAUACGACCUAUGCCCCAAAGGAUGACGUGUUCUCCAACCGGGAUGGAAAAAUCACAAUUAGCAAAGGCGGACGGUAUUACAUCUAUGCCCAAGUCACCUUUUGCAGCAAGCCACAGUUGCCUGCCCCACUCAUAUUCAAGGUCCACGUCUAUCUUGACCUGCCGUUGGAGACACAUCAACUGCUAAUGAAGGGUGUUGGGACUUACAACACUGCAGUGGACCUGUGUGAUUUGCAGUCCAUCCACCUGAGCAGGGCUGUGGAGCUCCAGUCGGGCCACACCAUCUUUGUCAACGUAACGGACAUCUCCAGAGUAGAUUUCAACUAUGGGUACACCUACUUUGGCCUUAUUCAACUCUCCUAGAAAAAGAUGCUUCAUUCUGGGUCCCGCCAUCCCUUCUCCUGUCCUCCAACCGUAUUUAUGAACUCUCUGGUUCUAUUUCUUUUAUAGACAUAUUUUAUUUAAUUUA